AAUCGGAAUACCCAGGAAAGAGUUCUCUGGGCUUUCCAACUGCCAUGUGUCUAUGCUGCAGUGUCACACUGUCUUGGCACUGCCAGCUAUCCAUCCUGAGUCUCCAAGGGUAACUGGGGAGACCUGAAGAGAAAAGACAGAAGUGGAUGUCUUAACUAGGGAAAUGUUUUACUGUUGUUUGGAUGUGAAACUGUAGUCUGGCCCACCAGACCAGAGAGGAGUGGGAUUCCCAUCACACCAGGGCUGGAGAAAAUAGUAGAGAAGCCUGAAGGGAAGCUGGUUUAAUUGCCUUCCUUUCCUUCUGGACCUGUGUGAGAGUACUUGGAGCAGUGACUGCCAUCUGGUGGCAAGCCAGAAUCAUCACUUUGUGUAAUCUAAUGGUUACUAAGAUGCCCACUCUUGACUCACAUGAUAUGCACUGCCAGCAAGGCACAAGAGGAGCCUGGAGGGUGUCUGAUGAAGGAGACUAGUGAAAUAACCCUUCGCUUCCACCUGAACCAGUUGUUCAUCCCAGAAUCUGAGCCAAGAGCCGGAUCCAAAAUGGUGCCUAUAAAGAAAAGAUUUGAAUUGUUCUUGUGUUUUAGUCUAAGAUCUGCUGGUUAACAACCAGCAGGUAACCAAGACUGAAUAAGCGCACACCAAAAGGGGCACGUGAUGACAUGGAGCCUGAAAUAAACUGUUCCGAAUUGUGUGACAGUUUUCCUGGCCAGGAGCUGGAUCGGAGUCCUCUUCAUAAUCUCUGCAGGACAAUUACCUCUUCCCACUACAGCGGUAAGACCAUUUCUUCAUUAUCUCCUGUCCUCUUGGGUAUUGUUUGGACCUUUCUCAGCUGUGGACUUCUUCUAAUAGUCUUCUUUCUUGGCUUCACCAUUCGCUGCAGGAAUAACAGGAUUGUGAAGAUGUCCAGUCCCAAUCUGAACAUUGUGACCUUACUUGGCAGUUGUCUGACUUACAGUAGUGUUUACCUCUUUGGGAUUCAAGAUCGAGAUGCGUUAGGAGGAGGCUCAAUGGAAACUCUCAUUCAGAUAAGACUAUCCAUGCUGUGCAUUGGGACCUCCCUUGUGUUUGGCCCCAUUCUGGGGAAGAGCUGGCGACUCUACAAGGUGUUUACCCAGAGGGUCCCGGACAAGAGAGUGAUAAUCAAAGACCUGCAGCUACUGGGGUUGGUGGCAGCACUGGUGGUAGCUGAUGUGAUCCUGCUUGUGACAUGGGUGCUGACUGAUCCCAUCCAGUGCCUCCAGAUUCUUGGCGUCAGUAUGACGGUGACAGGGAGAGAUGUGUCCUGCUCUCUGACCAGCUCACACUUUUGUGCUUCCCGGUACUCUGAUGUCUGGAUUGCUCUUGUUUUGGUAUGCAAGGGCCUGCUGCUGCUAUACGGCGCCUAUCUGGCUGGCCUGACUGACCACGUCAGUUCUCCUCCUGUGAAUCAGUCUUUAACCAUCAUGGUUGGGGUCAACCUCGUAGUAGUGACCGCUGGGCUUCUCUUCGUGGUCACCAGAUACUUGCACUCCUGGCCCAACUUGGUCUUUGGACUCACAUCUGGAGGUAUCUUCGUUUGCACAACCACAAUCAACUGCUUCAUCUUCAUUCCCCAGCUGAAGCAGUGGAAGGCAUUUGAAGAGGAAGACCAAACAAUCAGACGCAUGGCCAAAUAUUUCAGCUCUCCCAGCAAAAGCUUCCAUGCCCAGUAUGGUGAGGAGCAGAAUUACCACGCUAGAGGAGAGAGAAACUCUAUGGACAGACUCCUCACAGAAAAAAAUGCUAUGAUUGAAAGCCUGCAGGAACAAGUAAACAACGCCAAAGAGAAGCUAGUGAGGCUGAUGUCCGCGGAGUGCACCUUGGACCCCCCAGAGUGCGCGGCCUCUCCCGACUCUUCCCGCAGCAGGAGCGGCCCGCUUGCAGCCUCUGCCCACAGCCUGGCAGCUCGGGGGCCUUCGGAAGGCCCCUCUGACCCUCAGGAUGAUACCAGUGUGGCCCCCCGGGGCUCCCGGAGCACCUCAGUGUCCUCCUCAAAUGGACAAAGCCUGGAAGGGGAGGUCAAGGACACCAGCUCCUCUCCGGGGCACAAGGAGAAAACCUCUAAUUUGGAAGACUUUUCUGAUCAUUUAAAUUUGGGCUGCAGCCAGAAGCCACGGCCCGAGCAAAGCCAAGGUGAAGAAGGAAGAGCCCAAGUACCCAUGGCCCCCCACCAGAGCCUCAUACCCGGUGACGAAGGUCCCGGGCCCCGGAGACAGGGGCAGCUGGAGGACGCAGAGGAGCCCCACAAGCGGCUGUCAAGGGUCAAUUCAGUCAUCAGGGAGAAGCUUCAGGAAGUCCUACGGGAUCUGGGCCGGGGCCCCAAGGCCCCCCUCCCCUCGCCCCUGCCCUGUCCCCUGCAGCCCUGGCCAAGCAGUGCCACCCACGGCCCCCAGCAGGUGCCCCCCUCCAGGGAGCUGGGCUGCAGCCCGCACAUGGUGAGGAGCCGGCGGGCGGCACUGCGGGCUCGCCCCCCCUUUCCGGGCUCUGUACCUUCCUACGUGGGGCAUCGUGCAAAUCGGACUGUGUCUGGGGUGCGCAGCGGGCGGCUAACCGUGCAGAACAGGGGCAGUGCCAGCCUGGCCCCGCAAAGUGCUGAGCCCAGAGCCCCCAGACCCUCUUCUGGGAAGACUUCCCUACCCGCAGAUCCCCAGGGCAAGCCGGGGCCCCCGCAGGGUGGCAAACAAAGCGGGACAGAGCCCCGGGGGCCCAGCGGGGGCCAGACAGCCUGUCCUUACCGGCCUCCUGGCCCUGACCAGGCGCAGUAUCCCGCGGCCCCACACCUGUCCAGGGCCGCGCCAGGUGUUCCUGAGCGGUGGCAGCUGCUGGCCCCAGGCUCCGUGCGCGGCCCCUACCUGGACACGGAAUCCAGCAGUUCAGACGAGCUCUUCUGCCGCUGCCACCGGCCCUACUGUGAAAUCUGCUUCCAGAGCUCCUCUGACUCCAGUGGCAGUGGCUCGUCCGACAGCGACCCUGACCCCGCCGGAGGGCUGGCUUCCUGGGAAAAGCUGUGGGCCCGAUCAAAGCCUAUCGUGAACUUCAAAGAUGACUUGAAACCCACACUGGUGUGAAAAGCGUGCUGAGUGGGUCUGGAUCUAGAGGUGGGUUCAGGACAAGCCCCACCAAGGCCCGCAGGUGGAAGGCCAGCUCUGGCCUUUGGGGAACACACCGUGCCCUGAAUUGAUCAAGCCUUUACCAGGUCUCAGCUCUGCUCCCUUGAGCACCAUGCUACCCUGAGCACUUCUCCAUUUAUCAAAAGAGGGGUAUUGCCUGUCUUGUUACUACCUCACAGCAUUCCUAUAAAAGACUCUGGUUGAGUGACCAUAAAAAAAUAACUUUUAGAUAAAAGGUGCUAAAUGAGCACAGACAGUCUUCCGUCCUGGUCAGUCUGUAUUCUAUAAAACACUUCAUAUAUACCGGGUGGAAAACUGUGUAGACAUACGGAUGGAGAGAUGAAAGGAAAGUUUCUGCAGAACCAGAGUUGUAGACUGUGACCCAUCAAACUGGCCUUCUGAUGGAUAGACUUGCUAGGAAGGAAGUCUCAUAUUCUUGGGUACCCCACUCUUGGCAGGGGAUGGUUUUAUUUCUGCUGAAGUUUGUGAACAACACCACCCCUCAUUGCCAGCUUCUGGCCAGACUCAGAGUCCCCUUUAUGCCACUAUUUGAGGUACAAGUCUUUCUGCCAUGAUGGCAUCUCACCCAUCAUCCCUGAGCCUGUCAGGUCUCCAUGUGUGCAUAGGCUGCCCAGGUCCUGCUCCUGAGUUCAGAUGACACCAGGGGCCCAGACAACCUCCUGGUCCCUGUGGCCCAUCCCUCUGACUCUUCCAGAGGUACAGUUUUGUACUGGGCAGGGGCAAGGGGUGGGAGAAGCAUACACUGGCAAUUUCUGAUGGGGUAGGUAGGAGAGGCUCUAGGCUCUGUUUAUCAAGAGCCCCUGUUUUGGUGCUGUUGGGAUUACAUGACCACCAAAAGCUACAUAAACCUGGAAAUAGAAAAUAGGGAAACAUGAAGAAAUGGGGGAGAAGGCAGGAAAGAAAAUAGGUUUUGAGUAUUUAACUUGCGUCUAGCAUGGUACUUGAUGAUAUAAAAUUUCAGUAAUUCCUUAUGAUAACCCUGUGAAGUAGGCACUCUUGUUCCCAUUUCACAGAUAGGAAAUAUGAGGAAUUUGAGGCUUAGAGAACUGAGGUAACGUCCCCAGACAUCACACUGCUAGAGAAUGGCCCCCAGGGGACUUGCGGGACUCCCAAGUUGGCAGAUUUCCCUGAGGGCACGUCACUUCACUCAUUCUCCUGGGAGUGGCCAGCAGGGCUUGGCAGGCCAGACAACGGAGCAAGCGCAGCGUAGGAAGGCCAUGAGGUGGUCACCCUGCAGUUCCAGAAAACAGAACUGGGUUCCUGGCCUCAGGCAGCAGCCUUCCACUGCCUCGCUGCCCCAGGGGCCCACACUCACUCCCAAGGGAGCGAGGGAGUUGGUGGAGAGUGAGUGCCAGGAACUUAAGCGCCACCAGUGCCACAGGGAAAAUGCAACUGGGUCCACUUUGCUUUAAGCAACUGUUGUUUACAGGCUGUCCCCUGCCCCCACUCACUGUGUGUUUGUCUUUGCAUAUACAUGUUUGUGUGCAGGAGUUUGGGCCUCAUUAGAUAUGCACGGAAGGGGGUGUUUGGCUCCAAAUGUCUCACAGAAGAUUUAUCCUGAACUCUCAGGGCUGCCGACACUUCAUGAAUCUCCAGACACUGGACUGGGAAGCCCUUCUGGUAACACGGAUUCCUCUAUCGUUUACUUUUAAAUACAAAUGUCAUAAUUUAUUCUGUGUGUGGGUUUGUAGUUUCCACUUGUGCUGUUUGUAUGCUGUCCAAGUGAUACCUUAAUAAACGAGAAAUGGCUCCCCAA